UGUGUGACAUCUGCUUAAGGCGUGACAUUGACAUUAACCUAACCUAUAAAUUCACCCAAUGUUCUGCAGUGUUCAUUCUGUGAUAAUUUAAUUUAAUUAGUUCAAAAUGCCGAUUAUUAAUGCUUUUCGAGUUGUAAAUAUUUUUAGAAAUGCUAGCAAAUCCAAUGUGUCGCCAAUUCAGAAAUACUCUUCAUAUGUCAAAUAUGCAGAACACAAACAGUUGGAGAAAAUCAGGAACAUUGGGAUAUCUGCCCAUAUAGACUCCGGUAAGACGACACUCACAGAACGAAUAUUGUUCUACACUGGAAGAAUAGAUGCUAUGCAUGAGGUAAGAGGAAAAGACAAUGUAGGAGCAGUAAUGGACUCCAUGGAACUUGAACGUCAACGAGGCAUCACUAUCCAAUCUGCAGCCACAUACACUAUAUGGAAGGACCAUAACAUCAACAUCAUUGACACACCUGGUCACGUAGACUUCACUGUGGAAGUGGAGAGAGCUUUGCGAGUUUUGGACGGGGCUGUGCUUGUAUUAUGUGCAGUGGGUGGAGUCCAGAGUCAAACGUUAACUGUCAAUCGACAAAUGAAAAGAUACAAUGUACCGUUUUUGGCAUUUAUCAAUAAAUUGGAUAGAUUGGGUUCCAAUCCCUACAGAGUAUUGAAGCAAAUGCGUUCCAAAAUGAACCACAAUGCUGCAUUUAUUCACUUGCCUAUUGGCUUGGAGAAGGAAUGUCAAGGUAUCUUGGAUAUCAUUGAAGAGAAAGCGAUGUACUUUGAUGGAGAUUAUGGUGAGAUAGUGCGUCUUGAUGAGGUGCCUCAGGAUAGAAGAGCAGAGGUGCAAGAGAGGAGGCAUGAAUUAAUAGAGCAUUUGUCUAAUGUUGAUGAGCAUUUGGGUGAACUAUUUCUUGAAGAAAAGACGCCAACAGUCGAAGACAUCAAGCAAGCUAUUAGACGCAACACUCUCAAAAGAACUUUCACACCAGUACUUUUAGGUACCGCAUUAAAGAACAAGGGAGUUCAACCUCUGCUGGACGCUGUUCUUACCUACCUACCUCACCCAGGCGAAGUAGAGAACACAGCUAUAAUCAACGAAGUCAAAGAUUCAGAGGGACAAACUAUUAUUUUAGACCCUAAAAGAGAUAAUUCGAAGCCCUUUGUGGGUUUGGCUUUCAAGUUGGAAUUGAGCAAGUUCGGUCAACUGACUUACUUGAGAUGUUACCAGGGAGUUCUGAAGAGAGGUGAUAAUAUUUACAAUGCCAGGACUUCGAAAAAAGUGAAAGUGUCUCGUCUAGUCCGCAUGCACUCCAACAACAUGGAGGAAGUGAAUGAGGUCCUCGCGGGCGAUAUCUUCGCUCUGUUCGGCGUAGAUUGCGCCUCCGGUGACACGUUCGUAAACGAUGCAAAACUGAACUUGUCAAUGGAAUCCAUCCAUAUACCAGAUCCAGUCGUUUCCAUGUCGAUCAAGCCUAAGAACAAUAAGGAUAGAGAUAACUUCUCGAAGGCAGUUGCUAGAUUUACCAAAGAGGACCCAACAUUCCAAUUCCGUUACGACCCGGACAAUAAGGAAACCAUUGUGUCCGGCAUGGGAGAGUUGCAUCUAGAGAUCUACGCGCAGAGAAUGGAGCGAGAAUACAACUGCCCGGUGGAGCUUGGAAAACCGAAGGUGGCGUUUAGGGAGACUAUGAUGUCACCGUGCACGUUCGACUACCUGCACAAGAAGCAGUCGGGUGGCGCGGGACAGUAUGCGAAAGUGACCGGUAUUAUGGAGCCUCUUCCACCGCAUCAGAACACAGUGCUGGAAUUCGUGGAUGAGACAAUAGGCACCAACGUGCCCAAGCAGUUCAUCCCCGGAGUGGAGAGGGGUUUCCUCGACACGUGUCAGAAGGGCUACCUGUCUGGCCAUAAGGUGUCGGGCGUGAGGUUCCGCCUGCAGGACGGCGCGCAUCACAUCGUCGACUCGAGCGAGCUGGCGUUCUUCUUGGCUGCGAAGGGCGCUGUUAAAGACGUAUUCGACGAGGGCGCAUGGCAAGUUCUAGAACCAAUAAUGUUCGUGGAAGUGGUAUUACCGGACGAGUACCACGGCACCGUCAUCGGCCAGCUCAACAAGCGCGGCGGCAUCAUCACCGGCACCGAGGGGGCUGAGGGCUGGACCACCAUAUACGCCGAGGUGCCGCUCAAUAACAUGUUCGGAUACGCCGGGGAGCUUAGAUCAAUGACACAAGGCAAAGGAGAAUUCAGUAUGGAAUACAGUCGUUACUCGCCAUGCUUACCCGACGUGCAGGAACAGUUGAUCAGGAAAUACCAAGAAGAGAUGGGCAUCUUACCAGACCAGAAAAAGAAGAAAAAUUAACUCCGCCUACAUUGUCUAGCAUAAUUUUGUAUAGUGAUUUAUUUUAAGGAUUAUUUUAUUUUAAAUUAUUAAAUGUAAUAAUUUCAA